AACGAGAAAAAAAAUAAGGCCUGUUUGGCAAGCUCGAAAAUAAAACCUAAAGAACUCAAGAAAACUCGAGCAAUGGGUAAGGUAUCAUCACCACAAUUACCACUCCACUCGCCGGAAAUGAACAAACCCGUCAAGAAAAAAGGCCGGCCCUCUCUCAAACAACAAAAACCCAUAAACCCCUCUUCUUCGUCUAGCCCUAAUCGCAACCGCAAAUCCUCUCGCCGUCAUAACUCGCCGGAAUUGCCCUCCGACGAUGACGACGAGCGAGAGAAGAAGAAAGUCAAACUCGUGGUCCGCUUGCCUCAAUCAAGUCAACAACAACAUUCUGAUAAUUCAUCUGAUGAUGAUGAUGAGGAGGAGAAUUUUGUUGAAAAUCCUGAGACGAAGAGCAUCAUCAAUUUCGACAGAUCUGGUGAUAAAGAUGCUCAGCAGGAAAAUGAUAUUAAACCCGCUGACAUUUUACAUGGUUCAUCAUUGGGGACUGGACCCACAACACCAUUGCCAGACAAAAAGUUGUUGGUUUUCAUCCUUGGCAGGCUUCAAAAGAAGGACACGUAUGGUGUAUUCUCUGAGCCAGUUGAUCCCAAUGAGCUCCCAGAUUACCAUGAAACUAUUAAGCAUCCAAUGGAUUUUGGGACAGUUAGGAGAAAACUUGACUCAGGAUCAUACUUAAACCUGGAACAAUUGGAGGCUGAUGUGCUCUUGAUCUGUUCAAAUGCAAUGCAGUAUAACUCAUCAGACACUGUUUACUUUCGGCAGGCAAGGUCCAUACAGGAGCUGGCAAAACGCGACUUCGAAAAUUUAAGGCAUGAAGGUGAUGAUGGUGAACUGCGACCAAAAGUUGUAAGAAGAGGCAGGCCACCAAGUAAACACCUAAAAAAGCUGCCUACUAAUACAUCCAUUGUUCUAUAUAGUCCUGAGACCUCUUCAGGUGCAAAUCUUGCCAAGAGCGGAGGGCCACGGGCUCUUGCAACUGCACAGUCGCUAGCUCUUGUAGCUGCAGAAUCACCAGCUCUUGCAACUGCAGAAGAAAACACAAAUGGGUCUGGCGGUUACAAUCUAAGAAGAGCGCCUAUGUCAAAUAAGUUUCAGUCAAAUAAUGCUGCACUGUCUUCCCACCGGUCCCGUAAUAGUGGAAACUACUCUGAGUGGUUGGCUGACUGGAAUGAUGAAUUUCCAGCGUCCAUCUUGCGAGCUGACAUGAAGUAUGGUAAGAAACUGGUUUUGAUUGAUGAAACCCGACGUGAAACCUACAAGCAGUUUCACCCUACUUCUUUUGGCCAUGAACCAUCACUGUUGUCCGAUCUUGGUGGAGAUACAAAACAGUUAAUGCCGGUAGGUCUGCAUAUGGAGCAUAGUUAUGCAAGAAGCGUAGCUCGCUUUGCAGCAGAUCUUGGGCCAGUUGUAUGGAAAAUUGCUUCCAAAAAGAUUGCUAGUGUAUUACCCCAAGGGAUGAAGUUUGGACCUGGUUAUGUCGGAGAAAGGGAAGCGCCGUUUCAGUCACCCUUCUCCACUUCAUCUAGUUUAGCGUGUGAAGCAAAUAUUAGCAGUCCAGUCCCUCCAUCUAGAUCGGGUGUAAAUGUAGUUCCUGCAUCUGGGUUUCAAGAUGGAAAAGAUUUGACAGAAACAAGCAGGAAAAUGAAUUGCCAGAAUGAGUUGGCUGGAUCGCAAGGUACACCACUUUCUGGAAUAAGACCUGGACAGAGUGUCCAUAUGCCAAAUAAAAAUGUAUUUCAUGAUGGGAGAAAUGGCUUAAACGGUGUGCUUGGGUGCAGUAUCCCGUCCCAAAUGGGGUCUAUACGACCAGGCAUGACAAGCGGACAUUCUGGUCUAGCCGAAGCUUCACAAGUACCAAGCAUGGUCCCUAAAAGUGACUCAACAUCUCCUUUGGCAGUAGCAAAUCAUAACAAUUCAGAAAAGCGCGAGUGCAUAGAAAAUGCGAGGACACUAAAUUCCGGACCAUAUACCGAAAGGAAACAAUCUUGGCAAGCAGUGAGCUCCCACCCUAUACAAUAUUCAUCAGCAGCACAGCCAGACCUUAAUGUCAGGCUCCAAGCACCUAGCUCCCCCAGUUCAGGGUUUAGGGUUGGAUCACCCCAGCAGCCAGAUCUAGCAUUGCAGCUAUGACACGUACUACUGUACAAGUAUGUGAAGUGCAGCACUGUAACCAAUUCUUAGGUAUAAUGCCAAGAACAUCUUGUGCAACAUAUACAGGAAGUUGUUUAUAUAUAGAAGGUAACAGAGGAUAUUUUAAGGACCUUUUUCUUUUUCCCCAUUUCAUGUAUCAGUAUUUUUAGGAGUGGGCCAAAUUGUCAACAAAAAAUAAGUAGUAAAAUGUAUUUGGUGAAGUCCUACGGAUUCGGACUUAAAUGAAAUAUAGAAGACGACUAUCUUCUCAUUCUCGA